CCUCUUGGACUCUAACUACGCACGCCUCCGCAGAGAGAGACAGCAGCGACACGUGAAUUCUGCGCUUUCCGACGAAAACGGUGCAAUGAUGUUGCCAAGUGUUAUUGCGCCACCAGCUAUGUAUCCGAACUUUUUGCGGCCCUCGUCGGCUCUUUCCUUGCCACCCAGUUUACACUCGGCGUUUACCGCGCACUCGAGCUUUCUGGUGGAAGACCUGUUGAGGAUCAGCAGACCUGCCACCAUCAUGCACAGGAGCAUUCCGUCUCCAAGCGCAUCUCUUCCGGCCACAGGAGCCACAACUUUGAAUAACUCUUCUGAGGUCCACGUCGCCAGGUUUACAUCUUUGCCAAAAAGACCAAGCUCGCCACAAACAUCACUUACCAAUAACGAUCCAAAUUACUUGAAAUUUGGAGUGAAUGCAAUUCUCUCGUCAACAACACGCAACGCUUCACUGCCACCAUCAGUACAGAGUUUGACGGCAAAAACAUUUCCGUUUCCUUGUUUUGACGGCUCAUUCCACCCAUUCAUCAGAACAUCAUAUUUCCCAGCAUCGUCUUCACCCGUGCCUAUUCCCGGAACUUUCGCAUGGCCGCUCACAGCCAGAGGGAAGCCGAGAAGAGGAAUGCUUCGACGGGCCGUCUUCUCUGACGUUCAGCGGAAAGCCCUGGAAAAGAUGUUUCAGAAACAAAAGUAUAUCAGCAAACCAGACAGAAAGAAACUGGCAACGAAACUUGCCCUCAAAGACUCUCAGGUAAAAAUCUGGUUCCAGAACCGAAGGAUGAAAUGGCGCAAUUCCAAGGAAAGAGAGCUUCUUUCGUCAGGUGGAUGCAGGGAACAAACGUUACCGACGAAAAUGAAUCCCAACCCUGACUUGAGCGACGUCGCGAAGAAGUUUGAUAGCGACGCUGCUAUGGGAGGAGAAAGCCCGCGCGCGCCUUUCUGCCAGUCCCGCGGAGAUCACGAGCUCAUCCGCGACUCAGAUUUACAUUUCACGCCAUCUUCCGUCUCGAGCAAGCACUCAGAUUUCUCAGAAUCGGAAGACGAGGAAAUAAAUGUGUCAUAAUCACAUAAGAAGACUGUGCGUAGUUUAUAAACAACUGGAAAAAUCACCGCAUUUCUUUGACUUGCGAACAUUUCCGUUGAAAAGACUACAUUUUAUCAUUUUAUUAUGUUACUGCUGCGUUUUUGCCAGCUUGUAAAGUCUUUUUUGUAUGAAUAUUUUGUAUUGAAUUUUUAUACCAAGAUUAUUUUACUAUUU